GUCAUUUUGAUAACAGUCAGCUGAUCGGUGACUUUUUGAUUAUGAAAUGAAAACAAAUAAAAUAUACCAAAAACUAUUUAAAAUAUUGUAUAGCAAAUAUAGGGGUAAUAUUACGUAAAAAACUAUUUUAAGUGUGUGUACUAUGAUGUGUGACGUGAAAUUUUAAUAAAGGUCAAGUUCAGGUCAGAAAACAGCCUCACUGAUUAUUUGAAACUAAAUUGAAAUAUUUGAAAAUCAUGAGUAUCGGAAGAUUUGUAUGGAAUUUCGGACGACAAAAUCGUUUUACUAUACAUCAGAGAUAUAGAUCUUGUUGGUCCUGCGGUAAAAAUGACAACAAUUUGAUUUCUAACCUUUUUUGUUCCCACUGCAAAGCUUUGCAAAAGCCAGACAAAGCGGAGAAUUAUUUUUGCAUUCUCGGUGUAAAAGAAACAUAUGACGUUGAUGAGACCGACCUGGCUAAAAAGUAUAAAGAUCUGCAGAAGUAUUUACAUCCUGACAAAUAUGCGAAUAGAGAUCAAAAAGAACAAGAAAUAUCAGCACAGUACUCAUCAAUAGUUAAUGAUGCAUAUAAAACUUUAUUGGAGCCACUAGCAAGAGGUAUUUAUAUGCUGCGUUUAAGAGGUAAAGAAAUACCAGAGAACACAGAAGCGGAUCAGGAGUUUUUAGUGAAAAUAAUGGAGAAGAAUGAGGAAGUAGAAGAAGCGAGUACAGAGGAAGACAUAAUAAAACUGAAUAAGGAAAAUAAAGCGAUGAUAAAAGAUUUACAGAAGAAGUUGUCCACAGCUUUCUUUGAUGGAGAUCUGAAAAGGGUGACAAAAUUGUUAACUUACAUGAAGUAUUAUACAAGUAUAGACACACAAAUUGAAACUGCUAUUAGAAAUAAAGGAAUUAUUAGAUAAAAUCUCAUUUUACAAUUUUAUUCUAUAUUUUUGUUAUGUAUAUAUACUUAUAGAUGAUUUUUUGAAAUAAAUAAUUUGUUUCUGUUAAAAAUA